UAUGGCUUGCUGGAUGGUACGACUGCGUCGACGUCAUUUCCCCGCGGGCAAUUCCUUCCCCCCUUACGGUCGGGUGUCUCUCCCCCUUACGGUCGGAAAUCCUCCAAAAUGCCCGCCACGUCCCGUGCCCUGCGCUCACCUGCGGCAAACCAUCACAAUGGAGUAUCGAUCCUCCGAAACUUUCAUCUUCUAAAAUAAUUCUAGCACCCAUCUCAGGCUGAUCAACUUAUGGCAAACUCCGUCCCUUGUGUCUCGAAUUCAUUGUGGAUGUGGAAUCCAUAUUCAAUGCAGCACCUCUCCGUUGACCCAAAGCCCCGCAGCCAGACCAUAAUCUGGAUGCCAUGAGUGUCCAUUCCUUUGACCAUGCGCAGACCGCAGAUCUACCAUCAACCUCUUACCAGGUAGAUGACAUUGAAGCACAUCCACGUCCUCAGGAUCCACCCAUCUCACCCACUACGCGAGCGCCUCUGUCUUCAGACGCAUUUACCACCGCUGCGAGGGUCAACUCGGUUGACACUGUAAAAAAUCGCCGGCGACGUUCGACCACCGCGCGCUCAUACUACCGUGAAGAUGGCCCUGAUCAGAAUUGGCAGCCUGGCGAGGAGCCAGGUAUCGAUCCUAACCAGCCUCUACCGACGUACAAUGCCGAGUGGAUGGCUUCGACCGCCGCCGACCUUUACAAACGGUGUGAGAUCUCCGUCGUGGACUUUUCGCAAAACGAGAUGCGCCAAUACAUCCUCGAUAACGACACACUAGAACCGUUUCUAGCGCGAGAGAGGGACCCCUGGGUGCAGUGUCGGUGGAUCAACGUCAACGGACUGAGCUGGGACGUGAUUCGCAUUCUUGGAAACCACAAAUGUUUGCACCGUCUUGCAAUCGAAGAUCUCAUCAACGAGACCAACCGCACCAAGGUGGAUUGGUACUCGGAUCACGCGUACAUCGUUUUGAAGCUGCAGAAACUGAUCAAGCUCAAAGACGAAGAGGAGGACAGUGAUGAGGACGAACGCAGUGAGAGUGGACACGGCCCAUGGAUGAACGAUCGCAAAAGUUCCACGGCCAGUACAUUGUCUCUCAAACGGCCUACGAAGCGUACUUUGGUACUGGAGGCUCUAAAUGAUAUCUUCCGAUCAAAGUCGCCCGAUCGGGAUACUUCAAAGAGACGUACCCCUAGUGGACGGGGCAAGUCUGCCACCAAAGUGUCGGGCCCGAGUGACCUUGCGGAGGAUAAGCUCCCACCCCGCAGUAUCCAGCGGCUUCGCGGCGGACCGAAUGAAGAUCGCAUCGCCUUCAUGGAACGGCAUGCCAUUUUAGCCGCGAAGGGGCUGUGUGUUACUCUCGAACAAGUGUCUAUCUUCCUACACUCAGAUAACACUGUGACAUCAUUCUUCGAGAAUAGUGCAGACGAUAUCGAGGCCCCCAUCGUGAGACGGCUCAACUCUCCCGAGACUAUUUUGCGCCAGUCAUGCGAUGCUAGCAUGAUCGUGCAGGCGAUCCUAGAUGCGAUUAUUGACCUCGCGAUACCUGUGACAACAGCUUAUCAAGACGUCAUGGGUGACCUGGAACUCGAGGUUCUGACCGAUCCCGACGUUGACCAGUCGAAGAGUCUUUACGUCCUCACGUCGGAGAUUGCAAUUCUGCGCAACUUCAUGCAGCCCAUUGCAACGAUCAUCAACGCACUCCGAGAUCAUCGUUCUGAGCCCAUUCAUACCCCGGGGCUGGGAGCAUUCAAGAACAUUGGUUUACAAAGUCCCAGCGGCGAUGGGUCUCCGUACAUUGGGACAGCUACGCCGAAUCUGAAGAGUUUGAACGGCUCCAGUGUGUCAAUCAGUCCACUGUGCCAUACUUAUCUGGGCGAUGCACUGGAUCACUGUAUCACUAUCGUCGAGGGCUACGACCAAAUGCGCAGGGCUGCUGACAACAUGAUAGACUUGAUUUUCAACACGAUUGGUGCUUAUCAGAAUGAAAGCAUGAAGCAACUCACGCUGGUGACGUGUUUCUACCUGCCCCUGACCUUCUUGACGGGCUACUUUGGAAUGAAUUUUGAUGACUUCUCUGGCAUUCAUCACAGCGAUUCAUACUUCUGGAUGAUUGCAAUCCCGUUCGUUUUCGCGACCACCCUGUUUCUGAUGCGCGACAAGCUCCAGCGUUACUUGGUAUUGCUCGCACAGAAACGCCUUAUUACCAGCUCCAGGAAGAGGAGGCAGAGGAAGAAGGCGACGGAAAGGGCAUGAGCUUCGCCACUCAUUUCUGCAAUGCAUCUCGAAUAUUUAGAGUUUCAGCCAGCACAAUUCUGUUCUCUCGCAAUGCAUUUCUAUUGUAUAGAUGCGCCCCAUGUCUUGUACAACAUGAUACAUUACCCCAGUCCAAGUACCUGCAUGAGAGUGAUGAUAUACAACGAGAAUAAUCGUACAU